GUCGGAGCCGCUGAUGUCGCCGACAGGAAGCCGAGACAAUCUCGUGAAGUCCCAAGACUCCUCUCGUUGAUCGAUCCCACAUGCAGCGAGCCCCUCUCUGACUGAUUAACCACGUGUACCCAGCUCCAGAACGUUGCCCUCUUAGAUGCCGCUCAGUCUCUGUUUUUGCAAAUGGCUUGCUGUCUGAAGGACGAGCUCCUCUGUUCCAUCUGCCUCAGCAUCUACCAGGACCCCGUCAGCUUCGGCUGCGAGCACUACUUCUGCAGAAAGUGCAUCACCGAGCACUGGAGCAGGCAGGAGCCUCACGGAACGCGGGACUGUCCCGAGUGCCGGAGGACCUUCACCGACCCGCUCCUUUCGCCGAGUCUCAAGUUGUCUAACAUUGUGGAGCGCUACUCGGCCUUCCCGUUGGACGCCAUCCUUAACGCCCAGAGGAGCUCCUACCCCUGCAAGGACCACGAGAAGGUCAAGCUCUUCUGCCUCACUGACAAAAGUCUGGUGUGCUUCUUCUGUGACGAGCCGGCGCUACACGAGCAGCACCAAGUGACCACCAUCGACGAGGCCUACGAGGAGAUACAGAGGGAGAUGAAGGAGCAGCUGGCCACCCUGCAGGACAGCGAGAGGGGACACACCGAGGCCCUGCAGCUCCUGCAGCGACAGCUCACCGAGACCAAGUCGUCUGCCAAGAGCCUGCGUGCCACCAUCGGGGAUGCGUUCGAGCGCCUCCACCGCUUCCUGCGCGAGCGUCAGAAGAGCAUGCUGGAGGAGCUGGAGAUGGACACGGCCCGCAAGCUGGCCGACAUCGAGCACAAGAUCCAGCGCUACAGCCAGCAGCUGCGCGACGUCAAGGAGGGCAUCCAGAUCCUGCAGGAGCGCCUCAACGAGACGGGCCGGCACGACUUCCUGGAGGGCGUAGCCGUCACAUCUGAGAGGAUUAAAGGGAAGAUACACGAGACCAACCUGACGUAUGAAGACUUCCCGACAUCCAAGUACAUGGGGCCCUUACAGUACACCAUAUGGAAAUCGCUCUUCCAGGACAUUUCUCCAGUGCCAGCAGCGUUGACCCUCGACCCCAUCACGGCCCACCAAAGACUGAUCCUCUCAGACGACUGCACCAUCGUGGCCUACGGGAAUCUCCACCCGCAGCCUCUGCAGGACUCCCCUCGCCGCUUCGACGUGGAGGUGUCGGUUCUGGGCGCGGAGGGCCUCAUGUCGGGCGUUCACUACUGGGAGGUGAUGGUGUCGGAGAAGACGCAGUGGAUGAUCGGCGUGGCCAAUGAGACGGUGAGCCGCAAGGGCAGCAUCCAGAUCCAGCCCAGCCGCGGCUUCUACUGCAUCGUCAUGCACGACGGGAACCAGUACAGCGCCUGCACCGAGCCCUGGACCCGCCUCAACGUUAAGAGCAAGCUGGAGAAGGUGGGGGUGUACCUGGACUACCCCAAAGGCCUGCUCAUCUUCUACAACGCAGACGACAUGUCCUGGCUCUACACCUACCGGGAGAAAUUCCCCGCCAAGGUCUUCCCGUACUUCAGCCCCGGCCAGAGUCACGCCAACGGCAAGAAUGUGCAGCCGCUGCGAAUCAACACUGUACGCCUUUAAGAGCUGCACAGCGACGGUCGCGAUCGACCCGACAGACGAGUCCGUCGUAGGUGAAAUCAAAGGACUUGUGUGUUUCAACAGAUGUUCCAGAAAUCAGUUUAAGAUGUUUAAUAGGGUGUUUGACAUGUUUCUUUCCUUCAGUUCGGUGUUAGGAAUCGUGCUUGGUGUUGCUCUUACAACUCGCGCUGUUAUUUUCUUUUUGACUUGAAGCGACCAUUCAAUACCGGCCUGCACUUGAGCCUCAUUCUGCAUCUUCAGUGAAAAGAUGACGCUGAAUGGAGACGGAGGGGACCCCUGGGCUUCUCCAGGGUCUGUGGCAGAAAUGGGAAACAAAAUUAAAGGUGAUCCUCCCUCCUACGGUGACUGUCAGAGGCCCACCUUGCACACUCCCAGGGCCGUCGCUGUCUGGUCAGACAGGAUGUCCCCUCUCUCUCCAUCCAGACCAGUGGACAUGAAGACCAGCCACUCGUGUCCUCGUGCUGUCCUGUUUGGCUUCGCUUCGUUUGUGGAAUGUGAUUGACGACACUCGGCUCCUAUUUUGGCUUUGGGUCGGCCAGCGGUCCACCCUGAACUCGUCGAGUCUGUCGGCACUUUUUACUUCUCACUGAGACCACGGUCUUACGUCCUCCUGCAGGUCACGUGUGUCCGUCUUCAUCGACGCGAGGAAAGCUCCCGUUCUACGUGCACCAGCCGUCGUUCACAUCACGUAAACUGAAUGAGUCGUACAUGGGCUGGCCGUCCCUACCCGCUGCCCAGAGGGUGAGGAUGUGCAGAAGUAUGCUGCUAGUGGUGGAGAGAGGACUUCAUGUUUGUAUAUAAUGUAUUAAGGGUAGAAAGGAAUCAGUCUCUCAUCAUGCUGGCUCAUGCUUAAGUUUCCACUCUUUCCCUUAAAGCCACUGGUGUGCUGGCCCUCAGCAUUCCAACACAUUCCUGCUUCCAGUCAUGAUUUUUGUCUUAAUAUCAAAAGAAUAUGAAAUCACACGGAGCAGAUAAUCGUCUGCUCUGUUUGUAGCUCCUCAGACGUGAAAAUCUGGUGAGUUUAAGAUCAGCUACUUCUCAAAAAUGCUACAGAGACCAGCUGUUGUCUCUUUUUUAAAUCGUAUCGUUUGUGUAAUGAAAUGAUCAGAUCUAACGGGGAUGGAUGGCUGAACACUAAAAUGGCAUUUUCUGCAACUGGCGUUCCCCAGACUGCUGCUGCUGCUGCGGCGUUACGUAACGAUAAAAUCACUGGUAAUUCCUCCGAGGCUCAGUCAUGUUCAUGUCUUCGCCCCCACGUGCCUCAAGUGCUCCAGUUUAUCACUCGUCGUACACAAGUCCUGCAAAAUCUGCUCUAAGAGGCGCUUGUCGCUCAGCCAAGUCCAGCAUACUGAGAGACGUGUCUGGGGACGUGCACGGGUGUGUUGGUGUGGCCUGAUUCAGCUGUGAUGUUAAAUCCAGCUUUGGUUGUGGCUGAUAAAGCCCCUCUGAACACAGCCAUGCAGCAGCCAGACGUGUUUAUUGGAGAUCACGUUGGGAUCAGGUGGGACAGAAAUCUACAAAUGAACAAGCAAAAAAAGAGAAAAAUCACUGAGACCUUCCUUUGCCACUUCAUCUCUGCAUUUGUCUGUGUGUCGUCUGUGUCGUCCUUUUUAAAGAAAACCGGGGCAGUGCCCUCGUCUCUGUAGGAAGUGGUUCCGGUAUGUGCAGUAUGACGCAAACUGGGGUCAGACGGAGAGCAUCUGCAGAGUGGUGGUUUUAACUUGCACAGAUCUGCAGGGACCUGUGAGUUGUUCAGAACCUACCUGGAUAACGCUGCUCAGUAACACCUGGUUACACACAUCACAUACAUCAGUAAUUUAUUCAGUAAUGUGUGAGAUUAGGAGGAGUAACACCGUGUAGACAAUCAGGACGGCGGUCUGGCGCUCCAUGCAGGUUCACACAACGUCUGGCCCCAGUUUGGUCUGAUUCAUUAAGACUUUAUGUUUGAAUAUUAAGAAGGAGAUUAUUGUGAGGUGGUGUCGGGUUCUGGUGGUGGUGAUUAUAAUGAUGAUGACUAUGACACUUUUAAUGAUUAUUAUGAUGAUUGUGUCUUCUGAUGAUGGCCGCUCCAUCGUUGUGUGAACACACUCCAGUGUGCUUUUGCUGCUGGAGGUUUGUGUGAAAUGUUUUAAUGUACAAUAAAUGACUGCAAAAAUCA